AUGGGCUUGGGAGCGAUUCUCUACCAGAAGCAGGACCAUGGAAAGUUAGCAGUAGUCGCAUACGCAUCCAGGCCUGCUGAACAGAACUACCAUCUCCACUCAGGGAAAUUAGAAUUCCUCGCACUCAAGUGGGCCGUCACUGAACGAUUUCAUGAUUAUUUAUAUUACGCUUCUCACUUUGAAGUGUACAAUACAAUUGAUGCCAUUGUGUCAGCAGUGAGACUAGAUGAGCCUACCUGUAGCAGCAUUAGCACACCUGUCAAGGAGGCUGAAGCAGUAGAAGAGCAGUUGAUUCAGGGAGCAUCCCUAACUAUCAUUGACAACAGUUCUCUGGCAAAGGAACAGCGCAAUGAUGAAGACAUAGGACAUUUAGGAGCUGAAAGAGUUUUGAGCUGUGUGAGGGAUCGGUUCUAUUGGGCUUAUAUGAGUUCCGAGAUAGAGCGGUAUGUCACUCAGGAGUGUCAGUGCAUCAAGGACAAAAAGCCUCAUGUCCAACGCAAAGCAGCACUGCAGCCAAUUACCAGCACUUGUCCGUUAGAACUUGUGUCAAUUGAUUUUCUCCAUUUAGAGCGCUGCAAGGGUGGUUUUGAGCAUAUACUUGUUGUGAUCGACCAUUAUACCCGCUUUGCACAGGUGUAUGCUACAAGGAACAUGUCGGGAAAAACUGCUGCAGAGAAGGUCUUCAACGACUAUGUGCUAAAAUUUGGGAUGCCAGGCAGAUUACACCAUGGUCAAGGACGUGAAUUUGAGAACAGAUUUUUCUUUGAGAUACAAAGAAUUUGUGGGGUCAAAGGCUCUCCUACCACACCGUACCACCCACAAGGGAAUGGACAAGUGGAACACUUUAAGAGGACGCUAUUACAGAUGUUGAGAACUUUAGAGCCAUCUUGGAAACUGGAUUGGAAAUCACAUCUGAAUAAAGUUGUUAAUGCCUACAACUGCACGAAGAAUGAGACCACAGGUUACUCACCAUUCUUUCUCAUGUUUGGGCGACAUCCCACAUUACCCAUUGACUUGGUAUGUCCAGAACUGCAACAACCGACUAGAAAACAGACCUAUUCACAAUAUGUGGCUCAGUGGAGAGACCGCAUGGAAGAGGUUUACAAAUUGGCAUCGCAACAAGCAGGAAGAAUGACUGGAAAGGGAAAACAACAACAUGGCAAAGGACUUUUGAGUACACGGUUACAUCCAGGAGACCACGUCUUAGUGAAGAACCUUUCAGAGAAGGGAGGUCCUGGAAAGUUAAGAUCAUUCUGGGAGCAGGAUGUAUAUGUUGUUGUGAAGCAGGUGAAUGAGGAGACACCAGUUUAUAAAGUGAGGAAGAGAUCCGGACAGGGUGGAAUAAGGCGACUUCACAGGAACCUCCUAAGACAGUGCAACUCUCUACCGAUAGAGUCCAUGGAUAACGACAGGAAAUCCCGCAGACCAAAGAAACCCAGCAAACAAGACGUCCCAGUCUAUGACGCUGACAGUAGUUCCUCAGAUUCCGAUGGAUUCAUUGAGAUUACUGGUAUCCCUCUAAAUCCUAAUGCCACACCAUUCACUCCUUAG